GCUCACCAGUAGAUUUUCUUCCAGAAAGUAUUUUCACAAAACCACGCCGCGCCUUCAGAAUUUAAGGCUUCAAGAGGAGGGGAAGGAGAUGGAAGAAAUAGGAGAGAAACUCCGGCGCGGGCCCAAGAACACACCGUACUGGUACUUCUUAAAAUGCAAGGCCCUCAUUAAAGAGGACAAGCUGGCAGAGGCUCUGGAGCUGUUCGAGGUGCAGAUGCUGAAGGAAGAGCGUGUCCAGCCAGAAGAAAGCAACUACACAAUUCUAAUGGGUGGCUGUGGCAGGGUUGGCUACGUGAAAAAGGCAUUCAGACUCUACAAUGAUAUGAAAAAACGGGGCUUAAUCCCCACUGAUGCCACUUAUACGGCCCUGUUCAAUGCCUGCGCUGAAUCACCCUGGAAAGACUCAGGCCUGCAGAGUGCUCUCAAGUUACGGCAGCAACUAAAGAGCAAAAAUCAAGAGCUGAACCUGAUAACUUAUCACGCUCUGCUGAAAGUCUGUGCCCUGUGUUCAGAUCUCAGGAUGUGCUUUGAUGUACUGAAGGAAAUUGUGCACAAGGGCCACAUUGUCACAACAGAGACCUUCAGCUUCCUUCUCAUGGGCUGCAUAAAGGACAGUGAAAACGGCUUCCGCUAUGCCUUACAGGUUUGGCAACAAAUGACUCGGUUUGGAAUAAAGGCCGAUAGCCACAUUUACAACUUGAUGCUCCGUGCUGCAAGAGACUGUGGAAUAGGUGAUCCAGUUUUGGCUUCUCAAGUACUGCUACGACCCACUGAAGAGAAUUCAUCUCAGCUAAGGCUUGCAUCCGGCAGGCAGAAACAAAGAGUGAGAAAUCAGAGGAAGAAGGGAUCAGAGAGUGCAGCCACUGUCCAGCUAGAUGUGGAAGCCAUGGAAAAGCAACUGUUUCAGGAGAACUCUGUGCAGCCUGAACAACUGGUCAAGCAACAAAACAAAGACGUGAAUUGGCCUGAAACAGAACCAGUACUGGCUGGUCUUGCCAAUGCUAAUAUAGUUCACAGUGGGACUGGAGCAUUGAUGAGGUCAGACCAGAAUCAAAUAGAGCAACAAGCAAGCCGAAGCCACAACCUGCAUUUCUGCAACCUGCCCAACUUACUGGAUUCCAAGAUGCCUGAUGCAGCUGUGGUUUCCCUGGGGACAGUAGCCACGCCAUCUGAUAGACUGGCUUUGAUGGGGGGUGUGGAGGGCUUCUUGAGCAAGAUGAAAGAGGACAAUGCAGAGCCCACCAUUAAAACUUUUACAUUACUGGCUGAGCUGACAGAACCGCAAAGCCCAUCAGAAUCCUCUCUGUUGGCAAUCCUUGAUAAGCAUAAAGUGAAGGUAGAUGUGACCUUCUUUAACACUUUAAUAAGAAAGAAAAGUAAACAAGGAGAUCUUGAAGGAGCAAAGGUUACUUUCUGAGUAUUUAUGGGUUCUGUUUAGCACUUCCAGCUCUGUCUGGAAAGUUGCAGCGAGACUUUUUGGAAAGUGAUCUCAGCGCUUGCCU